AUGGCUCGGUCGGAGAAGAGCGCGAAGACGCCCGCGCGGCGCGCAAAGAGCAAAGCAACCGCUUCGGCGACGCAGUCCUCGCUGGCGUUACGCCAAGAUGGGAACGGGCGAGACCCGGUUUCCUCGAGUGCGUUGCGUCGUGCGAAGCGCGCGAGCGGGUUGGAGAGAGAAGAGAAACGCGCUGUCCGCAAAAAGAAAGGCGAGACGCGCACAGACUUCUUGCGUGCCUCGCGACUGUCGAGCGCUUCGCGGGAGGGAGCAGCGAAGAAGCGGAAGAAGACGAGCUGCCCGCUGUCCAGGAAGAAGGCUGCUUUGUCCUCCCUCGCCACGGGGAGGCGCGCCUCGCACCUCGCGAGGAAGGACCGCGAGGCAGGCCAGGGGCCGGCUACGACGAGGAAGACAGGAGAGGAGACUUCCAGCAAAGACGGCGAGGAUCGUGCCAGCCAAGAUGGCGAGGAUCGUGCCAGCAAAGACGGCGAGGAAACUUGCAGCAAAGACGGCGAGGAUCGUGCCAGCAAAGACGGCGAGGAAGCUUCCAGCAAAGACGGCGAGGAUAUUUCCAGCAAAGAUCGCGUGUCCGAGGAAGAGCGAAAGGGCGGUGACGUGCGCGCGCGACAGAAGCCCGAGCAUGCUCCACAAACCCUCCGCAGAAACGGCCUUCCAGAGUUCGACGAGAAGCACUGCAUGGCCGCCUCCUCGCGGGAGUCUCUUUCGUCUUUCUCGCCUUCUCUUCCAUCUUUCUCGUCUUGGUUUCCUACGGAAGAGCCGCCGAGUGCCUGCGUCCCCCAGGAGUCGCGCCUCGUGCGGGCGGGUUGGGCGAGCGGCAGAGAAGAGCGCUGCGAAGACGUCCUGGCAAGUCGGCGAGGCCUCCCGGCAAAAACACGUGCAGGCUUCGACGCGCCCGAGUGUACGUACAGCGGAGCGUGGUGCGAGUGCUGGCGAGACGGCGGCCCCUCCCCGCCUCUUCUCGCCCCAUGCGUGGAGUCGGGAAGGUUUUCUGCCUGCUGCCGGUGCGAUGCGUCUCGGCUCGAUCGCGAGGGCCUUUGUGCCCAGGACGGCGGCGCGCAGGCGCUCGGCGUCUCCCACGCACUUGCGGGGUGUGCAUGCGUUGCGGCCUUUUGCCCCGUCGCGACUCGCCCGACGUCCCCGCGUCCCCGGCGAUGGGGACCGUUCAGCGAGUCGCCGACCUGUGGAGGAGAAUCCGACUCAGACGAGGAAUUUUCAGGUUUCAAGCGACUGCGCAUCCUCGACGUGGACGCACGUGGAGGGUUUGGCGCGUCGGGAGUGAUCACGGUGAUCGACCAAGCAGCUUUCCAGCGGAGCCUCGCCGAUGCGUUGCUCCAGAGACAGCUCGCCUCGCUUCCUCGACCGGACUGGGGCGGCGCGAGCGAUGCGAGGCCAGGGAAACUGCGGAAAACGCUGGCAGAGACAGUCCCGCGCAAAGCUGCCGAGAGCGCACGCGAGACAGGAUCGGCGGCACUGCGCGCAGAUCUGCCGACGAGCUCACCUUUUGCCGCUGCUGGGCCUCCGCGGUCGCCUUCUCGCGCGGCCGAAAAGACUUCAACUCACAGACAGGCGCUGCGACACCGUCCAGGGAGCGGCCGUGCCGUCGCCGUUUCUCCCAGCUGUCACGGCACUGGCGAGUCGCCUCUCCAGAGUCCCGACCAGGAUCAAGGCUCUCGAAAUGACGCGUCUCUCGCGCCUUCCGUCCGCGAAUCUGCUUCGUCUCUCUGUUCGUCUUCCUUGUCUCAUGAUUCUCAGAGCCCGAAAAAAAUUCGGAGCGCGACCGGUGGAGAGGAAGGGAGCAGAAGAGACGGGGCAGCCACCGAGGCUGAGAGAGAGACGCGAACGGACGACCAGACCGCCACGCGCAACACCGGCGAACUCUGCUCAGAAAGCGUGGAGGGCGAAGGGAACAGGCCGUCUUCUCGACAUCUGUCGUCGCGCAGGUGGUUUCCGUCGCCUGCGCGGCUGAAUGCUCAGCAGCGCACCCUGUGCGAGUUUCUGCUUCGCGUGGCGGCUCGGCGCGAGCGCCUUGAGAGGGCCGGCAGGUAUCUCUCGUCUCUCCCACUUCCUCGCGUCUCUCUGGAGGCACUUGAGCAGGCGCAGCGCCGUCUCGCUCGACUUGGCGAUGAUGUGCACGCGGCAGUGAGCGAGGCUGACAAAGUAACGGGGGAAGGACGAAAGAGAGGAGACAAAGGAGAGAAGCGAAACAGGCAAAGAGAGGAAGGAGACAGCCUCGUUGGCGCAGUUUUUUAUAAGGUGGGCGAGGAGAAAUAA